GUGUUUAUUACCAGACGCAGGAUGAUGACGUUUAUGUCCAUCAGCUGAUUGUGAGACUGGAGUAGAAUCAGAACUGCGUUAAGAUCAAAUUCGAUUGUCAUUGAAUUAUUAAGCUCCUUGUUGGAGGUUAUUCAUGGAUUGUAUAAAAUGACUUUUGGGCUCCACAUCUGUCCCUGUACAGAUUUCCCUUUCGUAGUUGCUCCGUUCCUCUCCGUACUCCCUAUGGUGCAGUAGAGCUCCAGAGCUCCAGAAUGGAUAAAAUUCUUGAAGGUCUGGUGAGCUCAUCACACCCGAUCCCUGUGAAGCGGGCCAUAGUGAAGAUGGUGGUAGAGGCGGCUGAGAAAGAGGUGACCCAGGAGCAGUGUCAAGCCCUUUUUCAUCUCACUGCACGCCUCAUCCUGCUGGGCGAAGACGUCUUCCAGCGGCAGGUGGGUCACCAGGUGCAGGAGGCGUACGCUCGCUACCACCGGGAUGAGUUUGCCCGCUUCCUGAGUAAGGACUAUGUCCUGGACUUGCUGCGUCAGGGCUACGGCCCUCUGGACCGCCGAGAUCCGGUCAUAUUGGACUUCCUCCACGGUUGCCUGCGGCUUCUUAUCAGUUGCCCGGCUGUGCUAGACCUGGCGCCGAUGCUACAGACUGAGGUCCUGCGCAUGGUCUGUGAGCGACCUGAUCCCGUGUUCUGCAGCAAGCUCGCCAUGCUGCUCAGCGAUUUUCCCCAGUGUGUACCACGCAACAAAGCUGCCGUGCUGCUCUGCCAGCAGUUUGUGCGUACGUUUGCACAUUUCCAGUGUCCAGCAGGCGAGGAGGCAAAGCUUAGGCGCUACGUAGGGAAUGUGGGUUGUGUGGCCGCCCUGCUGCAGGGGAUCUGGAAGGCCGAGCCAGCCACCCUUCUGCCCUCACUGCAGGAAGUCUUCGCUAUUAUCUCCUCAACAGAUCCAUCCACUGAACCCUCCAUCGCUCUGGCCAGUCUGGUGCAGCACAUCCCUCUGCAGAUGAUCACAGUUCUCAUCAAGAGUCUCACCACUGACCAAAACGUUAAAGACGCCAGCAUGACACAGGCACUCAGCAGGAUGAUCGAUUGGCUUUCAUGGCCGCUGGCCCAUCACGUAGACACCUGGGUUAUUGCUCUUCUGAAGGGACUGGCUGCCGUGCAGAAGUUCACCAUCCUCAUCGACGUCACUUUGCUUAAAAUCGAACUGGUCUUUAAUCGUCUGUGGUACCCCAUAGUGAGACAGGGGGCAUUAGCAGUUCUCUCUCACAUGCUGCUGAGCUUCCAGCACUCGCCGGAGGCCUUCCAUCUGGUGGUCCCCCACAUAGUACCGCUGGUGAAGACUUUGCAGAGCGAUGGCCUCCCUAACAGCGAAGCCUUCCUGCUGCAGUUCACCGAGCUCAUCCACUGCAUGAUGUACCAGUAUUCUGGCUUCCCUGAUCUUUAUGACAGCAUCCUCAAAGUCAUUAAGGAUCUCCCUAAACCCAGUGAAGAGAAGAUCAAGUAUGUUCUGAACCAAAGUGCCUGGACCUCGCAGUCAAACUCUUUUGCCUCUGGACUGCUGAGGAUUACCUGCAAAUCGGAGACGGGGAAGACCGGACUGAUGAACUUGGGCAACACGUGUUACCUAAACAGCAUCAUUCAGGUGCUGUUCAUGGCUACAGAUUUUAGACGACGCGUGUUGUCUCUGAACCUGAACGGCUCCGAGAUGCUGAUGAAGAAACUGCAGCUGCUUUUCGCUUUCUUGGCACAUACUCAGCGAGCAGCGUACGCACCGAGGAGCUUUCUCGAUGCCUCUCGGCCGCCCUGGUUCACCGUGGGCUCCCAACAGGACUGUUCUGAGUAUCUUCGCUUUCUUUUAGACAGGCUGCACGAGGAGGAAAAGACUCUUCAUGCUCUCCAGGCAGCCAAACCUAAGAUCCGGUUCUCUGACUCUGAGGGUACGGGCGAUACACAAGCUCAGACCAACGCUCUGUCUUGUUCUCAGACUAAACUGGUGGACGCUGAGGGUGAUACACGGACUCUGGUGGAGCAGAUGUUUGGCGGACGUUUGUCCACGAGCAUCCGCUGCCUGCAGUGCCACAGUCUUUCUGAGAAAGAGGAACCGUUUACUGAUCUUUCUCUCGCUUUUUGCCCAACGGGCACGACUGGUUCCUCGACCGCACAGUCCCACCAGGGGGCAGUAAACGGCGGCAGCGAGAACCCUGAAGGCACCGCAAAGGAUGAGCGGAGCGAGGAGAGACCCAAGACGGAGGCAGUGCUCUCCCUGUCAGAUCUGCUCGAGUAUUUCCUGGCACCAGAGAUCCUGGAGAAGGAGAAUUGUUACUUCUGCGAACGCUGUGGCUCCCUGCAGCGGGCAGAAAGAGCCAUGCACGUGGUAACCGCCCCCGAGUACCUCAUCCUUACUCUUUUGCGCUUCUCGUAUGACUCGACGUGCCACGUGCGACGCAAAAUCCUGGACAACGUAGACACCCCACUGCACAUGUAUCUGCCUGUUCGACCCCACAGCACGUCCUCGUUUUCCUCUUCUUCAUCACCGCAGUCUGUGCAAAUGGACUCUCCAGACAGUGGCGAGAACUUGGCCAAGAAGCUGAAACCUUCUCAUAAAGAGAGAGAGGAGGAAGCUGAAGGUGUAACAGACAGCAGGAUAGAGAGCGGGAGAAGGGACUGGGGGUCAGGGGUGCGGUGUGUACCUUACGUUCUGUGUUCUGUAGUGAUGCAUUCUGGGAUGUCCUCAGAGAGCGGACACUACUACUCGUACAGCAGGAACACGAGCGGUACAUCAACCAAUCCCUCUUUUAAGAGUCCGGAUUCAGAUUCCGGUGUCAGCGUUUCAGAGAGCUCAAGAGCUUCACAGGAAGUACUGGAGCAUGCAGGGCAAGACUCCAAGGAAUGGUUCCUGUUCAACGACAGCAGAGUGACCUUUACCAACUUCCAGUCCGUGCAGAACAUCACGAGCCGUUUCCCCAAGGACACGGCCUACGUUCUGAUUUACAGGAAGCAGGAAGAAGGCAGGGAACAGGCUGGAGGUUCGAGAGCUACCGUGAACGGCUCGAGGCUCAACGGGGAACCACCUCUUCAUAAAGAUCUGAUGGAUGCCAUCACCAAAGACAACAAACUCUUCCUACAGCCAUGUGAACCACAGAUCAAGAUUUGCUGGAUGAAGUCGAACGUGUUCUUCACGCACUUUGGGAUGGUAGCAGCGGAGACUGAAUGUACAGAGAUAUACAGAGAUGUACAGAGAAGAGCAGUGAGGAGAGUCUUCAUUGGUGACUGUCAGAACGUCCACAGGAAGGAGCAGGAGCUUAACGCAAGGGCUCGUGCUCUCCAGGCCGCCUCGGCCUCCUGCUCGUUCCGUCCCAACGGCUCAGAUGACAACGAGCCACCGGGGAGCUUCGGGCCCUCAGGUGGAGGAGGAGGAGGAGGAGGAGGAGGAGGAGGCUUCAGCACUGUUAGCAGACUGGUCUUCUGAGAGUGGGAUGCUUUCACACUGAACAGAGCACUGGACUCAAACACUCAACACUGGACCUCCUUCUGUCUGAAUCCAACAUACAGACACUCUCAAUAACUUAAAAACACCUCACAACCUCCAUCACCUACAUAUCCUGGUUGUGUUUUUUGGUUGUUUUUUUCCAUGCAAAGUGUUUAAACAAAAUGCACAUUGGUAAAACUUUAUUAUAAAACAUCAAGGACCCUUGUAAUACAUCGCAUCAAUCCUUUUUUUUAGAGAAAUGCUGGGGACUUUUAUGAAACAUCAGCACUAGAGAUUUGAUCUUAUUUUGGGUCUUUACAUGAAAGGGAGAAGAGAGAACAACCGCAAGACGGAAUAAACUAAUUUCUUUAUCAACAGCACAGUUAUGACAGCUCUAGAAGGUUCACAUUAGGACUUAAGUGGUAGAAAUGCAAAUCUGAUCAGUUUGAUUGCAAGAAUUAAGAGUGCAUUCAUUCGUUCAAGCGCAUGGGGUUAAAAAUUAAAAUGGAAAUCGUAUCGAAAUGUCGCUUCAUAACGCAAACGCAGCUGCAAUGCCGUAGUGAUAAGCAGACCGUCACCACACACCUUUCGGUACAAAACACGACAAACGCAGUAAGUCAUAAUGAGCUAUAAUGAUAACUAAAGGUUCUUCUGUCUUCUUUCUUUUAUUUCAAAAACAAAGCAAUAUACUUCGUACUUCAAAAAUAAAAAAGUUUUUCAUGGCGUUGAAUUUUGAGACACAAAUCCUCAGCUGUUGCGUUAUUAAUUUUUUGUGCAAUGCUUACGAAUGUGUUAGGAAGGUCCCUCUAUAUACAGUGUUACCAUUUUCCUCCCUCUUUCUUCUUCCUAUCUUCAUAACAUGUUUUGCUUGCAUUAUGCAUUCAUUCAUUCAUUUUCUACCGCUUAUCCGAACUUCUCGGGUCAUGUGGAGCCUGUGCAGGCGUCAUCGGGCAUCAAGGCAGGAUACAUCCUGGACAGAGUGCCAACCCAUCGCAUGGCACACACACACACUAUGGACAACUUUCCAGAGAUGCCAAUCAACCUACCAUGCAUGUCUUUGGACCGGGGGAGGAAACCGGAGUACCCGGAGGAAACCCCCGAGGCACGGGGAGAACAUGCAAACUCCACACAAGGUGGAGGCGGGAAUCGAACCCCCAACCCUGGAGGUGUGAGGUGAACGUGCUAACCACUAAGCCACCGUGCCCGUAUAUUUUUUCUUUUCUUGUCAUUCUCCACUCAAACUCAGAACCGCCAUACUUGAACGGGCGUCCGUCUACCUGUCUGAAGGUGCCGCUGCGCACCUGUAUACAUACAGCCCGUAGACGGAUCAACUAACGUGUCGCAAUACGUUUACACAGAAGGAUGCAAUACAUUUUUUUUUCUUUGAGGAAUUCCAGCUAGACUUUAACAGAGCAAAAAUAAUAUCACUGAAUUGUACUGAGAUUAAAAAAAAUGGGUGUGUGUGAAGAGAUUAUCUUGCAUGCCGAAAUAUUUAAAUCUUCUCUUUUUUUUUCUUUUUUCUGCAGUUUUGCUGUUUUUAUCAUCGUUUUUCGCUUUCAGGGAGAAUUUUUUUUUCUCCUGAUGAUUUUAAACUGAUUUUAUGUGCCUUUUGAUACAUAUUUACUAUUUUACAGGAAAAUGUGACUGGGUUAUAAAAAAAAAAAAAAAAAAAAAAAGCCUUGUGUAGCUAUAUGGUGUUAAUAUUUGGUGGUUUUUAUUUCCUACCAGUAAAGGUUCAUCGAAGAGCAAAGGCUGAUUUUAAUAAAUGUAUAAAUAUUUCGAAUGUAUAUAACAUGUAUAGUGCUGCUUCUAAUCCGGAUCAGUAAUUUAUUAAGGACAUAAUGGCUGAAAUUUACUAAAUGAUAUUAACGGUGGUGUUUUAUGUGAACUUUUAUAAAUUAAAGGAAGUUUAAGAUGGAAGUGAAAGAAAUAACCCGAGUCUACUUUAUAGUAAUAAUAAAAAUGUAGAAAUGACCACAGUUACAAACUGCAAAUAGAGUUUCAUCCUGUGGAGAAAACUAGCAGAAUGUGUUUAUUCUUUAAAAAAUAAAAAGGAUUUAGUCUCAUGCUGUAUCUUUUUAGUUACACAUAAACUAAACGUGCGAUUAUAAUGUAACUACUGAGAAUGUUUACACUGAUUUACAAAUGGAUCCCAGCAGGACAUCUCGUAUAAAUACACAGUUUAUUAACUUUUGCCUUGUGUAAUUUUAGUAAGAUUUGAUUGCAACACUGCCUGCAUGCCAGCUGCACAGGAAGUGUCUUCCUCUUUUAAAGAAGUAGUUCCCAAUAGUUCUGUUGCAAGAAGUAUUCAUCCCUUUGAAUUUUAAUACAUGUCUAUAUAUAUUUUUUUCUCAUUUCAACCUAGAACUGAAAUGAAUGUGAUUUAUUAUUUUUUUUCCUUUUUUAACUGCUUGGAAUUUUAGUGGACAGCCUCUGGCGAGGCUCAUAGUUGUGUUGUAUUGCUUUUAUUUUUAAAUAACACAUCCUUAACAGGAUGUUCAGGAAGGUUUGGGGUUUUUUGUUUUUGUUUUUGUUUUUUAAAUAAUAAAAACCAAACUGAUUGAUACUUUUCCAAA